UGUCGGACCAAUCGGAUUUCACGACAUCGGUUGACAGGAGGCGGGACUCGCGUCACCGGUGGAGGUCGGAUGUCGCCUGACCGGAUGAUAGCGAGAAGUUUUGUUUUGUGAGUUUACGAAUGAUUGAUCCUCAUAUCAGUGCACGGAUCUUAACGAACGCGCCCUAAUACGCGUCGUCUGCCCGUCAGCGAGUGUUUUAUCAGUUAUUUGUCUUUGACAGACUGAUCUGGAAGUGUUUGAAGGGUGGAAACUGAACACUUGGAAGUAACCCGAGCGCCCUGCUGCCGCGAGCCCGUUCCUGCGCGCUGAGAGACGGUCAGAAACCAUGGGCAACCGGGGGAUGGAGGAUUUGAUCCCCCUGAUCAAUAAACUCCAAGAUGCUUUCAGUUCCAUUGGCCAAAGUUGUAACUUGGAUCUGCCGCAGAUAGCCGUGGUUGGAGGACAGAGCGCCGGAAAAAGCUCGGUGCUGGAAAAUUUCGUCGGCAGGGAUUUCCUUCCCCGAGGCUCCGGCAUCGUCACGCGCAGGCCUCUCAUUCUGCAGCUAGUUAACAACAAAGCUGAAUAUGCGGAAUUCUUGCACUGCAAAGGGAGGAAGUUCGUGGACUUUGAUGAAGUCCGGCAGGAAAUUGAAGCAGAGACCGACAGGAUUACGGGGUCCAAUAAGGGCAUCUCUCCUAUUCCCAUCAACCUGAGGGUUUACUCGCCACACGUAUUGAAUCUGACUCUCAUCGAUUUGCCCGGUAUGACUAAGGUUGCUGUGGGCGACCAGCCGCCAGACAUCGAGCACCAGAUUCGAGACAUGAUUAUGCAGUUCAUCACUAGGGAAAGCUGCCUGAUCCUCGCCGUCACCCCGGCCAACACUGACUUGGCCAACUCAGACGCUCUCAAGGUGGCUAAGGAAGUGGACCCUCAAGGACUGCGUACCAUCGGUGUAAUUACUAAACUGGAUCUAAUGGAUGAGGGAACAGACGCCCGGGAUAUCCUGGAAAAUAAACUCUUGCCACUGCGGAGAGGUUAUAUUGGCGUAGUGAACCGAAGUCAGAAAGAUAUAGAUGGCAGGAAGGACAUUCGUGUUGCACUGGCAGCAGAAAGGAAGUUCUUCUUGUCCCACCCCAGUUACAGACACAUGGCUGAACGAAUGGGAACACCACACUUGCAGAAGGCCCUCAACCAGCAAUUGACCAACCACAUCCGGGACACGCUACCUGGCUUGCGCAGCAAACUCCAGUCUCAGCUUCUCUCUCUGGAAAAAGAGGUGGAAGAGUAUAAGAACUUCCGCCCGGAUGACCCUACGCGAAAAACCAAGGCCCUGCUUCAGAUGGUCCAGCAGUUUGGAGUGGACUUUGAGAAGUGCAUCGAGGGGUCCGGAGACCAGGUGGACACGGCAGAGCUGUCCGGAGGUGCCAGGAUUAACCGAAUUUUCCAUGAGCGCUUCCCUUUCGAGCUGGUCAAGAUUGUGUUUGACGAGAAGGAGCUCCGGCGAGAAAUCAGUCACGCCAUUAAGAACGUCCAUGGUGUCAGAACUGGGCUGUUCACUCCAGAUCUGGCGUUUGAAGCCAUCGUGAAAAAGCAGGUCAUUAAGCUGAAAGAGCCCUGUCUGAAAUGUAUCGAUCUGGUUAUUCAGGAGCUCAUCAACACAGUCAGAAAGUGCACCAACAAGCUAGGCUCUUACCCCAGACUGCGAGAAGAGACUGAGAGGAUUGUCACUACUUACGUCAGAGAGAGAGAAGGCAAGACCAAGGACCAGGUCCUUUUGCUGAUUGACAUUGAGCUGUCAUACAUAAACACCAACCAUGAGGACUUCAUUGGAUUUGCAAACGCCCAGCAAAGGAAUAUUGUCAACAAGAAGAGGGCCAUUCCCAACCAGGGUGAAAUACUGGUGAUCCGUAAAGGUUGGCUAACCCUCAACAUCAGCAUUAUGAAGGGCGGCUCCAAGGAGUACUGGUUCGUUCUGACGGCCGAAUCGCUGUCCUGGUACAAGGACGAGGAGGAGAAAGAGAAGAAAUACAUGCUUCCUCUGGACAACCUAAAACUCAGAGACGUGGAGAAAGGCUUCAUGUCCACUAAGCAUAUUUUUGCAAUCUUCAACACUGAGCAAAGGAACGUGUAUAAGGACUUGCGUCAGAUUGAGCUGGCCUGUGAUACGCAAGAGGACAUGGACAGCUGGAAAGCCUCUUUUCUCCGAGCAGGCGUUUAUCCUGAGAAAGAUCAGGUGGAUUCAGAUGAGGCCGCUCCAGCCGACACCUUCUCCAUGGACCCUCAGCUGGAGAGGCAGGUGGAGACCAUCCGUAACCUGGUGGACUCUUACACUGGUAUCGUCAACAAGACCAUCAGAGACCUCAUGCCCAAGACUAUCAUGCACCUCAUGAUCAACAGCGCUAAAGACUUCAUCCACUCAGAGCUGCUGGCGUACCUGUACUCCUCAGGAGAUCAGAACAGUCUGAUGGAGGAGUCUGCUGACCAGGCCCAGCGCAGAGACGAGAUGCUGCGUAUGUACCACGCCAUAAAAGAGGCCCUCAGCAUCAUCGGUGACAUCAGCACCAGCACUGUGUCCACUCCUGUGCCUCCGCCCGUCAACGAUACCUGGAUUCCAGAGACUAGCCCCACCCCCCAGCGCAGACCGCCUACAUCAGCCCCGCCCCCCAGCAGGCCUCCAGCAGUGAGAGGUCCAACACCAGGCCCGCCCCCUCUUCCCCUCCCCUCCUUUGCAGCUCCACCCAUUCCCUCUCGCCCAGGCCAGCCCAUUAAUGCCUUCAGCAACAGCAGCCAGGAUCCUUUCAGUGCGCCCCCUCAGAUCCCCUCCCGCCCCGCUCGCGUCCCUCCGGGCAUCCCCAGCAGAAGACCCCCUGGCGCUCCCAACCGGCCCACCAUUAUCCGCCCCGCCGAGCCCUCCCUGCUAGACUAGACCCAUGCGCUGGCCACCAUAGGCUGACAGAAAGAAAGAGAGAGAGGAAGGGCUGGAGAACUGCACUGAAACAUGUGCACGUGUGUCUACACAUACAGCCUGACCAAUAGACCUAAAUAAUCCACUCAAACUGUCCUCUGAUCAGCGCUGCUAAUCACAUCCUUACUUUUAAAGCCCAGAGGUCUAAAUUAAGCACAUAAAUAUUCAAAUAAAAUUAUUAUUGUUGUUAUUAUUUUGUUCAAAUGUAGAGUGAACUAAAGGGUGUAGUGGCCUCCAACUUUCAGUCAUUUCAUCACUCACAUAGGUCAGGUGACCACCAGGGGGUAUCCUACUCAACUUGUGUAGAUGAACCAACAUUAGACUCAUUAUGCCUCCUCUCUGACUAGUGGUUUAAUGUGGGAUAAGAUGUAUACAAGCACUGUGCAGGCUAGUUGCUGUUAAACUAGCCUGUCUUCUUCCGGUUCUUGGGUAACUUAAGGGUGGUUGAAGACUGUUUCUUGUUAUAGACACACUUCUUCAUGUGUUGUUUUUUUUUUUGUUUUCAUUCUGUGUUUUCUUGACUCUUUAACUUGAUAUGCUGAAAUAAGACACCAUGACCGUUGUUGUUAUUGCUAUGUGGGAUUGAUUUUGAUCUGAUUAUUUUGUUUUUCAUGUUCAGUUGACCAUUUAUGUUUGAUAUCCUUCAAAACGGCACUUAGUACCAAGCGACUGUUAAUUAUGACUCAAUAGCAGUUAACCGACUGAGAAAUGCAAACAUACAAGUUCACAAGUCAAAAAAAUAGAUGUUGACACUCAUAUUUGGAGUUGACAAGCAACAUCCUCUUUCUGUUGUGUCGGGAAAUUUGGUUCUUGAAAAGCACUUCUAGUUCUUGAGUGAUGGGAAUUUCUUAGAUAGUCAGAAGAGGAGGUGCAGUUUGUAUGUAAAUCUCUGUAAUGAUCUGUUUAUACAAAUAAUAAUUUGUGUAUAUGACUAUAAUCCAGGAAAGCACGGUAAUCACUCACGACGGGCCGAACCGUCAGAGCUCAGAGCUCAGGUAACAUCCGACUCCAAAUCUUGUAACAGUUUACGCUAGCUUAGCGUUCUGAUCAUUGUAAAUUAAAUUAAUCUGCAAGGCGCUUUUAUUUUCGCAUUCAGGGAUAGUGAGGGUCGGGGGAGGGUUUACGAGCGGGAAAAACAUCAGGACGCUACAAGUGGGAUGUGGGAAUGCACUCAAACACAGAGUCGCUGAACAUGGUACAUGCAGGUGUAUUUGAGGUCUGGGGGCGUUUGCUUUAUGGAACCAGUCCGCUCUUGCCUACAAAGACACAGGGAACUUUCUGAACACAAAAAACAGUGAACCUUUAACGUAGAGAUCAUAGUAGAUGUACUAACACGCGUAUUUCUGAGUGUAUUAUUUAUAACCUGGGCAUUUGUCUUUGUGUUGAUUUGCAUUUUUCACAAACUGUUUGCUUCUGAGUAGAACGACAGAUAUUCUUUGCCAUCGACAGAUUUAUGCCCCUUCAGUUGCGUUAACAAUGGUUGAACAGAAUUCAGAGUGAACACGGUCCAGCUGGUUUUCUGUUGAUCCUGUUUUGAUUGCAGAAUCUUUGACGUUUGCUUUUAUUGAUGUGUUUGCAAGGAAAUGAGCCGUGAUGAAUUUUGUUUUCUUGAUUAACUUGAGGAUAAGAAUAGGGAUUUGGUGUAAGCGGGAGCGGGUCUUUGAUUUUAGCGUCGAUUCGUCUGUAAAUAAUCGAAGGCAUGGAGUCGGACUUGAGAUGAAACAUAAAAAUUAGCUGCAGAUUUCAGGGCCGAAUGCUCUUUAUUCACUCCUGUGUGUUAUGGCUACAGUGAUGGCAACCGCUGCUCCUCCUUCAGGCUUCUUCAAGGCUUGAAUUAAAAUCGUAUCCAGCCAUAUCUUUUCCGAUUUAAAAUUACUUCAACAUCUGUUAAGAACUGGAUGAAGCCCAGAUCACUGCAGCCAUAACUUUUCCUCUGGCCUUUGGUUAUGGUGACCCGAUCCCCGUCUCUCCCUCUAAUAAUUGUGUCCUUUUUAUGGAGUGAGGGACUGAGGACAUAUUUAGCAUCCUUUUUUAUGCUUUUGGAAUAACAAAUCAUUGUCAAGUGCCUGUGUAGCAGUUAAAAUGGACUUGGAGCAAAAUGCACAAUGAGAAUUGGAAGUGAGAUGAUAAUAAAAGGUGUUGUGUAUAAUAAAGAUCUGGUGCUCUGGUG